CCGCUUCCGUUCACACAGGGCGGUAAAUCUUCUCGAUUGUGUCGUCGUCGCCGUUAUCCGUCCAUCCGUGUCCGGCCCUUUGGGUGAGGACAGAAAUUUGCUCGGCAAAAGACAUUUUGGCAUACCAAUUUUGUUUACGUUGGUUAUCCGCACUGUUUCCUUCAUUCGGGAUUUUCAGCAACCUCCGUCGUCUGGUGACAGUGUUAGAAUCAAACAGACUUUUUGAACUCAUCUCAGUUACGGUGAAGGCUAGUCAAACCGAUAUUGUCAACGUGGAGUGUUGCAAAUGAUGAUACCGUUGAAUUCAGCGGGGCCACCGGUUAUUAACGGUGGCGGAGGAGGCGGCGGUUCCGAUGCUGGCCCCAUGGGGGCUUCUGGUGGAAUAAAUACCAUUAGUAUUGCAACAGUUGGCGCCAACGCAUCAUUCCGGCGGUCGGACGAUGAGUACAGGAACAAACUGAUGAAAAGCACCAUCCGAAAUUAUGCCGAGGAUCACUCGAACGGGGAAGCCUCUACGUGCGGCCGAAUCCUCAUCUUUCUGUCCUGGGUGUUGGUAGUGCUGACGAUGCCCUUCAGUCUCCUAGUCUGCUUCAAGGUGGUACAAGAAUACGAACGUGCCGUUAUAUUUCGCCUCGGUCGUCUCAUGCAAGGCGGAGCCAAAGGACCAGGUAUUUUUUUCAUCCUGCCAUGCAUCGAUGCCUAUGCACGUGUUGACUUGCGUACCCGUACGUACGACGUUCCUCCCCAGGAGGUCCUAACGAAGGACAGCGUCACGGUGUCGGUGGAUGCCGUUGUGUACUAUCGUGUCUCGAACGCAACGGUCUCGAUUGCCAAUGUCGAGAAUGCCCAUCACUCGACCCGUUUGCUGGCUCAGACCACACUUCGGAAUACGAUGGGUACCCGGCACCUGCACGAAAUCCUCAGCGAGCGAAUGACAAUCUCCGGCAGCAUGCAGAUCUCGCUCGAUGAAGCGACCGAGGCCUGGGGUAUCAAGGUGGAACGUGUGGAAAUCAAGGAUGUCCGUCUCCCCGUCCAGUUGCAACGCGCGAUGGCUGCCGAGGCGGAGGCCGCCCGAGAGGCCCGCGCCAAGGUGAUCGCGGCCGAGGGCGAACAGAAGGCCUCACGGGCCCUGCGUGAGGCUUCGGAGGUGAUUGGUGACUCACCGGCGGCGCUGCAGCUGCGUUACCUCCAGACGCUGAACACCAUCUCGGCGGAGAAGAACUCCACCAUCGUGUUCCCGCUGCCAAUCGACAUUCUCACCUACUUCAUGAAGUCCAAGGACGCGUUCGCUGCCUCACACUCAUAAGGUUAGGGGGGUUUGGCGGCAACAAAAAAUAAUCAAGUGCGCAGAUAUCCUUCUAGUGAUGAAAAAUGUACUUUCAUCAAUUCGUUUAAUUUUCUGUGAAACUUUUCCUAUUGAAAGAAUAGUCGAUAGCUGUGAGACUACCAUUUUUACAAACAUUUACGUGUGUAGCGAACGAUCAAAUACAUCCUUCUGGGACAGAUGUGUAUCAUUCUUUUUAUCUUUCGAGCCGGAGAGAAAAACAAAUAACGUAGGGCGAAUAACUUUUUUCCAGUUCAAAUUUCGAAUCAUUAUUGUCAUCGUCAAAUACAGCACACAUUGAUUGGAUUUAAUUAAGUUCAAUCUGCUUUUCCCAUGUCAUAGUAAAUUGUUGUCCUGUACAAUUUGAGGCGAUUAUAUUCUUCGUGGAUUGUGUAGCUUCAUUAUAUUUGAAAAGUUGUUAUUCAUCAAAUAUAUUACUUUUAAAAUUAUUUUCAUUACCGACUUCAGAGACUUAAUUUAAGGGGAAAUUCCAGAACAUACGAAUAGCAUGCAAAAUGUUUACAUGGUAUCAGAAAUUUUCAGGCAUUGUCUAAUUCCAACCCAUACAUUAGCCUAAUUUUAGUUAUACAUCUUAUUUAUUUUCCGUGGGCAAGUAGUCUGCGAAAAUGUGUCAAAUCCAUCGAGCAAAAAAGUGUAAAAUCGAACAAAGCAAACCCAUCCCAAACACCCUCCGGGGUAGAAAAUUGGAAUUAAUAAUUAAUCAUCAAUUUACCUUCUGUCCGCACUCCUCGCAGCUUCAUCCUGCGGAGAUAACGAACCUCACUUCGUCGUUUUCGUCUUCGUCAUCAUCCAUACUUACUUUUUCUCGGUGGCUGAAACGCGUUUGGGUUUCCAUUUUCUCCGCCUUUCCCCCGCCACUAAUUCCGUGCACGAUGUCCUGAACGGAAUCGAGCUCCUCGUAAUUAGUAUGCAAACAGCGGAAACUCCACAAAUUUGCGAGUUUCGACCCUUGUUCGCGUGGUGAUGUUUUUGUUUUUCUGUACCUCCCCCCCUCCCUUGGUUAAUAUUAUUUCAUCUUGUAUUUAAUUGGAAUAAUUGAGUAGAGGGUCCAUCCGAAAAAAAAAGGGGACGGUAACUUUAUUAUUGUUUCAUUUCUGAACGAGCGGGUACUUAGCAAACUAAAACAAUCAUUUUUGUAAACCAGCAGACAAUGAGUUGUUGUGAAUUUAGCGAGAUUUUUUUGUGGAUAAUAUUACUAAUUUAAUGCCAAUAAAAGAAACACGCUUGAAUCUCAGUUUUGAGUAUCGCAUUUAGAAGAUGAAUUUACACAUUUAGGUUUAGGUUUUUUUCUUCUAGAGUUGGUCAUUAUUGGGAACGGAAAGCUCUCUUUUACGGAUAUAUUUCGUAGGCAACGUUAGCUAGUCCAAACCAAACGAUGUAAUCAAAUUCAAGGGAAGGCGUUGCAGAUGAUGACCAAUAAAUCAAAAGAAAAACUCGUUGAUGGUGAUAUAAGCUUUAAUGAUAAGCGAAAUUCGCAUUUAAAGGGAGUCUACAUAUAGAGCAUCUUUAAAUAUAAACAAAUAAAACAAAUUGGAAAUAACAUAAAACAACCGGAACAAUAGAUUAGAGAUCAAACACAUACAACCAAAAAUGAAGCAUUAAGAAAACUAUUACAAAAGGUUUGAUUCCUUUUUCACAUUAUGUAAGAAUUUAAACUUGGUGUUGUCAUGUAUUGCCGUAUUAUGAUGAAGCGAACCAAAGAAGCAUACUAAUAGUGGUGAAGCACCGUCAUGCAGGGGUCAUUUAUUAUCAAUGUUGAAAGCAUAUUAACAAACAAAAAAAAUCUACAUCUCUAGCAAGGAAACAAAAGCAUUUUACAUUCGCAAACUCUAUCAAUGUAUUUCUAAAGUUUUUAUCAACCGAUAGAGAUAAAUAAAAGCCAACACGGAUAGCAUUAUCAAACCGAACAUAUUUUCAAACUUUUCAUCUUUAAAGGAAAUAAACAUAUUGCUCUUGUGAACUGCAAAGAAAGAAGAACAAAAAAGAUACAUCACAUCGCACCAUUCAUUAUCACACAACACCAUAGAAGAAGAACGACAAAAAUAUAAGACUUUCGGAAUUAGUUGUGCUGCCAAAGCAUUUUUUUUCGAGAGGUCAAGUUUUUUUACACGAUAGUGUUUUCGUCGCACCGCACCGAUGGUGUCGUAAAACAAGUAGAAAACUAGAAAAAUCACGUGGAAUUUAAGGAAGAAUUGUUGCAUAUACUACCCCGGGACACAUGAACCUACUUGGGGGAUAGUGUGAACGAAUUUCAAGUAUACUAAAUAGAUAUAUUUUGAUUUAUUUUGUCCUCUACUGCAGAUGUUUCGUUGUUAAAAAAUAAAUAAAAAAUCCCUUCGAAAUGAAAUCAAAAAAGUUUAACUAUGAUUGUUGUCAGAUUUUCUAAUACGAAACUAAAAUAGAAGUAUUAUAUUAUAUUUCCUUUUCUGAUGGAAGCAGAUAGUUAUGAAGUGUUGUAAAAUACGAACAAACGACUCAUGUGACGAAUCAAAAUAAAGAAGGGAAAUAUAA